AUGCAUUCAAAGUUUACAAAGCAGGCGGCGGCAAAACAUUGCGUCUUCUAACCUUAAACAGUAACCCACAUCGUCAGCUUUUCAGGAAGAGACAGCGAGUGAGUGUGUGUAGUCAGCAUGGCAGAAGCUCACCAGGCGGUGGCCUUCCAGUUCACUGUCACACCCGAUGGCAUUGACCUGCAGCUGUGCCAUGAGGCCCUUCGCCAAAUCUACCUGUCAGGACUUCACUCCUGGAAGAAGAGGUUCAUCAGGUUCAAGAAUGGGGUCAUGACAGGGGUCUAUCCAGGAAGUCCCUCAGGGCUUGUGGUUGUUUUGGUGGGUUACAUGUCCACAACUAAAUAUGCCAAAAUAGACCCCUCCCUUGGGCUGUUCACUAAGAUGUCAACACACCUACCAGUCAGUAAAUACAUAACAGAAGAAGGCCAACGUAUCGCUGGUGGUGUGUUGGUUGGAACGGGAUUAUGGAUUACCAUUAUUUUCGUUAUGAGGAAUGUCCUUAAGUGUCUACUGUCCUGGCACGGAUGGAUGUAUAACCGUCACGGAUCUCUGAACUUAAAGACGAAGAUUUGGUUGGUGUUGGUAAAGUUAUUCUCUGGGACAAGGCCAAUGCUGUACAGCUUCCAGAGUUCACUACCCCGGUUACCUGUGCCUCCUGUGAAAGACACUGUUAGAAGAUAUCUUGAGUCAGCUCGUCCUCUGAUGGAUGAUGAACAGUACACACGUAUGGAGGGGCUGGCAAAAGACUUUGAGAAAAACUUGGGCCCUAAACUCCAGUGGUACCUGAAGCUCAAAUCCUUGUGGGCUUCUAAUUACGUCAGUGACUGGUGGGAGGAGUAUAUUUACCUCAGAAGUCGUGGACCAAUCAUGGUCAACAGCAACUACUAUGCAAUGGACUUCCUCUAUGUGAUCCCCACUAAUAUCCAAGCUGCCCGUGCUGGUAAUUCCAUCCAUGCUCUCAUGAUGUACAGAAGAAAACUGGACAGAGCACAAAUUAAACCACUCAUGGCACUAAACACUAUCCCCAUGUGCUCAUCUCAAUACGAGCGUGUGUUUAACACCAGUCGAGUUCCAGGUGUUGAAUCAGAUGUCCUUCAGCAUGUGAAUGAGAGCAAGCAUAUUGCCGUGUUCCACAAGGGGCGCUUUUUCAAGGUGUGGAUGUUUUAUGACGGACGAUUGCUGUUGCCCCGAGAGAUUGAGCAGCAGAUUGAAAGGAUCCUAGUGGACAAGUCUGAACCUCAGCCUGGGGAGGAGCUGCUGGCUGUGCUGACGGCAGGUGACAGAGUUCCUUGGGCCAAAGCCCGCUCACAGUUCUUCAGCAAAGGAAAGAAUAAGCAGUCUCUGGAUGCCGUGGAGAAGGCUGCUUUCUUUGUUACCCUGGAUGAUACCGAGCAACGUUACGACCCUGACAAUCCAGUCCAGUCCUUGGACAGCUAUGGCAAAUCUCUGCUCCAUGGAAAAUGCUAUGACAGAUGGUUCGAUAAGUCUUUCAACCUGAUUGUAUUCAAGAAUGGUACUAUGGGAUUGAAU